GCCUGCCGCUAGUACGGAGUGAGGACACACAGUAGGACUGUGGCUGGGAGAUUAACAUGGUACCGGAGUGUGAAGUGCACAUGAUCGGAGUUUAAACUGAAAGACAUGAGCUGGAAGUAAGAACCAAGGACGUCAUCAAUGUUCGAAGUACGAAAUGGCAAAGAGUACAAGUGUAUGUAACACCGUGAAUCCGGACUCUGUCGCUUAGCAGCUUCUGGACAAAGAAGAUACUGAAGAUGGAGGAUCCGUCCGGGCGACUGGAAGUUGAGGAUUACAAACUCCUGAAGGACGAUGCUGAUGACGUCAUGUUAUUCAACGACCUGUAUCGGCUUAAACUGUAUCAGGGCAAUGACGUCACCCUUGAACCAGGUUGGCAAAAGAGGGCGUUUACUGUACCCGAAAUACAUAGAGCGGCAUUCACCGGCGAUAUAAAGGAGUUAUCACAUCUGGCAAAGCACAAAGGUGAUGUCAACCUGCAAAUCAAGGACGGACCAAAGAUACUACAAUGCUUUGACAACUUCGAGAAGAACUACGUUGGCUUUUUCGUUGGAACUACACCUUUGAUGGUGGCUAGCGAGCGUGGAGAUAAUAAAGCUGUGAGAAUACUCCUCCAGAGCGGCGCACUCGUCAACACAGCUGACAGUGUUGGACUCACCGCAUUUGCCUGGGCAUGCUCAUCAAAUCGGAAGUCGACAUGUGAGUUGCUGCUGUCAAAUCGUGCGAUGAUCGACCUGAGAGAAGACCGCUAUGGAAUGUCACCAUUGUUGUUAGCCAGUCGCCGUAAUUUGACAGGUAUGACGAAGUGGUUGUUGAUUCGAGGUGCAAACGUCCACUCGCGUGAUUCUCAUGGAAUGUCCGCUCUCCAUUUUGCAGCAUGGAACUAUAACAUACCAUUGAUGGAAUGUUUGGUUGAUCAUGGCGCCAUGCUUAAUACCAAGGACCGGUCUGGAAAAACACCUCUUCAUCUACUUACAUCCGAGGACAGUGUUUUCGAGCCCAGGGAGCUGGACGAUGGAAUAAACGAACUGGAAAAAGCAAGUAUUAUGCUGCUUCUAGAACGAAAUUACCAACUAGAUCAACAGGGAGUUCGUAUCGUAUUAGACAUUACACCGAUCAAUACCUCGAGGUUCUGGUCAACUGCCUUCUUUGGAGGAGUAUUUUGCUCUUCAAAAACUUGUUAAUUUAGGAGCUAAUGUUAAUGUACAAGACAAAGCUGGACGUACACCACUGCAUCUUGUUGCAUCGCGUCUCCCGAAGGCAGUUGUUGUUCAGGGAUACGUUAUUUGCACUGCGCCAAAAUUAAAUCAGUCUCUUCUUGUGCAAAUUACAAUGCUUCAGCGAUUUGGCGCGAAAAUAGACAGGGCUGAUCUUGAAGGACAAACAGCAAUCGAUCUCUGUAUUCAAGGUGAAAAUUGGGUGGCAGUAAAAUUGCUUAAGAAAUAUUCAGAUAAUGGAAAAGAUGUUCCAAAUCAAAAGAAAAUAGAUAAAGACAUUUGGAGAAAAGGCAUGCAAUAUUGUGAAAAAGAAACGGAAUUGGAAGUUGCGAUAGAGAAGCUGACAGAUGACAUAUUUGACAACUGUGCACUGACGCCAACACAACACAUGAGGGCCGACCUCGUGGCCACGGCACGCAGGGAGUUGCACGUGUUUCUAACUGACACUGUUCCGAACGGUCUCCGUGCUUGGUUCCUGUAAUGGUUACCAUAUAACUUUUUUCUAAAAGAGUGUUGAUCGUAUACAUAUGGGUGUAAAACUAAAAUUAUGUAUAUGCUUAUAUAUGCAAAAUCACACAGUGAUGGCGGUUGCUAAGGCUGAAGUAAGAAUUGUAUAAAGAUCGCAAUA